GGUUAAAAAGUUAAACUUCCACGUACCUACCGUAUCAGGUCACUGGAAACGUAUAGCGAUCCCUUUAAAGGGUGAUAGUAAGGAUCAUUAGCUAUCAAAUUGCAAUUAUUAGUUUUAUGGGGCAAAAAAUGUACCGAUUUCGAAAAAACAGGCUUUUCGCUUUUUUUAAUAAAUGUGGGUUACCCUACUUCAAAGAAGAUUUUUUUAUAAAAUAUAACUUACAUAAUUAAGAUGAAUAAGAGAGUCAAAGGAUUCAAAGACAACACAAGAACAUUGGCGUAAUCGAGUUUUUAUUGGAAAUAUUUUUUGGAAAAUAUUCAAAGACAAUUUGUAAAUACUGAUGUUUGAUUUAUGUCACGUUUCAAUUGUCACAAACACAAACACUUCGAAUCAAAAUGAUUUUAUUUAUUCCUAAAUUGAUUUAAAUUAAUUCAAAAUGAUUAAAUACAAAAUGGAUCCAACUUCUGCAGUGUGAAUAAUACAAACUACAAACAUCACUAUCACAGGGUAAGUAUUACCUAAAUAUUUGCCUCUGUAUGUAUAGUCCAGGGUACAGCUACACAACCCAUAUUCGACUCACUGUAGAGAUCGAGUCUUCUCUCAGAAUGAGACGGGUUAGGUUUUAGUCCACCACGCUGGCAAAAUGCGGAUUGGCAGACUUCACACACGUAGAGAAUUAAGAAAAUUCUCAGGUAUACAGGUUUUCUCACGAUGUUUUUCGUUCACCGUUUGGUACACGUGAUUUCAUAAAACAUUUUUCACAUUUGUAUACCUACCCAGGCUAUAUAAAUUCAAAGCGGACUAGAAUAUUAUAGCUUGGCAAGUUCGUUCGUAACACUUCCGAUGAGACGCGUAGGCCGGAGGGCGUGUAGCGAUGAAUGAAAAACCGACGACUGAUGCACUUCACUUCCCCGCACGCACGAUUUCACACCCGCGCAGGCUUUCCCCUCGUUGCCCGCAUAUCAUGGGAGUGUCAUCAACGAACAGACUAUAGCGCAAACUAUACCAUUGCAUAUUCUAUCCUUGCAUAAUAAAAACGUGUGGUUUUAUAAAAUCACAUAUUUUUGUAUUAUGGUCGUCGCCUAUCACUUGGCUGCGAUGCCGAGCGCUUUCUCUUAUAAGAUAAGAUAGAUUUUUUUUACUUUUUAAACAUAACUAUUUGUUUCCUGAAUUCCCCAGUCAUAUAGGUAAUGUUAGACGGGUGUGGGGAACAGCACAUUAAAUGGACAGUGGCAGCAACACGUCCGGGCGCCAGUCGCGCUUGCUCAGGAGACUGCUCGGCAAACUGCGCGGCGAACAUCGCUACUCGACACUCGACAAGAGAUUCUCCUUUUCUUCUACCGGCAUGAGUGAAAGCAUCGGCUGCGGCAGUGCUAACGAGGAAGAGGACUGUGAGGCGCCCCGGCCCGGCGUCUCCACUGUCACGAUAGACGAUGCGCAGUUUGCGGCUAACAUCGACCUCAGAUAUGGCGGACAGUACCUCACUCCGGAACAGUUGCCCGAGUUCUGCAACCAGUUGCAUCACUUGGUGGAGGUGAUCAGGAACAUACAGUCCUACGCCAAGGUCACCGGAGAGUAUCCCAGUGAACUAGAGCGUCGCUUAGAGCGCGAGGCCCGUGAGGUGGCCGCGCUCGCAAGCGAAGCCCGCAACGCUCGGGAAGCGGCGUCGCGAGCGCGCUUACAACGGCGAGCGUUGCGCGCUCAGAAGGCUCAACUCCUCGCUCAUCUUGCUAAGCUGAGAGACUCGGAAGUGCGAGAGCUGGAGAGUUCGGUGCGUGUGUCGGACCGCAAGCUGUUCAAGAGUUGGGAGGCGCUGCGUGACUCCACCGACCCGGCCGCUUUCGAACCGCUGCUGGAGGAGAUUCGGAACAAACAAACAGCCCUAGAGUGUCUUCUCCGCCUGAUAGAGAGCCGUCGAGCCAGUGUGUCGGCCCCCGCUCUGCCCCCACUGCCCGCUUUGUCGAACGAUGAUGACAGUUCGGUUCAACUAGGGUGCGUGCGUAAGCGACAGGACAACCGUCGCUCAAACAAGCGCAAGCGAAAGGAAGCUUCUAGAGAACCGCGCUCAGUGCCGUUGUCUGGUGAAACGAGCAGAGAUACCCCUCAUCAGGUGACGUUGGUCGUGCAAGGCGGCAGUGCGGGCGUGGUGAGCGCACCGCCCGCGCGUGCGCAGCGCGCCAGUGUACGCGACAUCUUGUUCUUUACCACCGACUGACACUUGACAGCCAACCAUAGUAAUAACUGCUUCAUAAUUCAGUCCCUGUCCAGAAGGGGCGAAUUCGUCGCGAAUCGUAUCGCGCGAAUUCAUAAGCGCAUUGUCGAAGUACUAGACAUCAAUACAUCGCGUCCACAAGCAUCGCGCGAAUUCAAAAUACGCGCGUAAAUCGCGUGCACUACGCCAGACUCUCGACUCGCGCGUGAUUCGCGCUUAUUGCGCGCGAGUCGAGAUACUAGGGACGCCUUGUAGCGUCCACUUAACGCGCGAACUCUAGAACGAGUGCACGUUCAACUCCAUGUUUCGUACUGAAUUCCUCCCCCAAAUGCUCGCGCGUUGGUACGCGCCUUGUGGACACAACGGUCGCACGUAAUACGCGUGAUAGAAUCGCGGCUAAUUCGCCCUUUCUGGACUGGGGACAGUAGGCCUUAGAG